GCUACCCUAGCACAAGUCCAGAAUUAUCUGCGCUCCGGAUCCAUUGUACGACCGCCAUCUCUUUACCAUAGUAAUCGUCUUCCUCUGUUCUUCAUCACCAAUAUCCAAGUCCAACUUCAGCGACGCCUUUCACCACUCCCUCCUGCAGAAUCGCGCUAUUCGCCUAGCAGGUGAGAGAGGAGUUGGAACGAUUCGGUCCCUCAUUGCUUCGCCGUCGAGCACCGUCUUGAACUCGCGUCGUCUGUUGCCGCCAUUGCUUUACCAGUUCGUGUCUUUCUUUCUCCCAUCGCUUUUCCAAAAGGCAUCGUAUCAGGAUUCAAACAAAGCAAGGAGUUUGCAAGGCUUGAAGCAAUCUUCUCUCGUAAAUCUCACCACUGUGCUUGUGUAACCAAAGAGAUGGGUAGAGCGAAAAAAGGCCCCAAGUUUGCGGUCAUGAAGAAGCUCGUCACCGCCAAAGCAAUCAAAAACUAUAAGGAAGAGGUGUUGAACCCUAAGAAGAAGGACCUUAGCAAGGAAAAGCUGCCCAGAAACGUCCCUUAUUAUCCUUCGUCGCUGUUUUUUGCGCACAACACUGAAUUGGGACCCCCUUAUCGUGUUUUGGUUGACACCAACUUUAUCAAUUUCUCCAUUCAGAACAAAUUGGACUUAGAGAAGGGAAUGAUGGACUGUUUAUAUGCAAAAUGUACUCCUUGUAUCACAGAUUGUGUGAUGGCAGAGCUCGAGAAAUUAGGCCAGAAAUAUCGUGUGGCUCUCAGGAUUGCAAAGGAUCCUCGAUUUGAUAGGUUACCCUGUACUCACAAGGGGACCUAUGCAGAUGAUUGCAUUGUUGAGAGAGUUACUGAGUUUAGGUGCUUCAUUGUUGCAACAUGUGAUCGAGACCUGAAGCGAAGGAUCCGCAAGAUUCCUGGUGUACCUAUCAUGUAUAUCACUAAACACAAGUAUUCAAUUGAGCGGUUGCCUGAGGCAACAAUUGGGGGAGCUCCAAGAAUCUGAUUAUUUGGGUUGCAUAGCAAGUGAUAGAAGUGAAUCUCCAUUGAUGGGAGCUUGAUCGAAGUUAAUCUCGUUUUUCGCCUAAUAUAUGUUUUGUUACUUCUAGUUUUGUGGCCAUAUUUUUCUUUCGGUUCAGGUUGGAUUGGGGCUCGUGAUGGGGUGGGGGCGGGGGAAUAUGAGCAGAGACUUGGGGUUCAAUCUGUUUUCCGUUGUAACGGGGGAAAAAAAAUCACAAGCGCGCGCGCGCACACAUAUAUAGAUGUUUUACGUCACUUAAUAUCGUGCUCUACUAUUCUUUAACGUAUCAUUCUUUUACGUAUAUUUUUCGGUUGAAAAUGAUGAUACUGAAGAUUUCAUAUUUCGGUAUGGAAAA